UCCUUCCGAACUCCUAAUAAAAUCAGAGGUAGGCCAGUGGCCCAUCUCUCUCUCUCUCUCUCUCGUGUCUGUCUGUCUGAAAAUGGCAGUCCGGUAUCUCUGGCGCAGCGGGUCGAAGCUAGCGGCUGCUGCUACCCUCGUUGGUGGAGGAGCCGCUGCAGCAGCGAUUGUAACCUCGGAAGAUCCAUCCACCACCUUCAAGAUCUGCACGGCCGUUCCCGUUCGCCUCCUCCGCGAUUCUUUCACCGCUGCUCUCAUCGCCUUCGAUUAUGAAUACUCGUUGUGGGGGCUUCCAGAAGGAAGUUUUGAGAGGUCAAGAGCAAAACAUGAAGUUCACCUUCGAUGUGCACUUAGGCUGCAGGAACUGUGUUUUCAGAAUGGAGGAAUCUAUAUUAAGCUUGGUCAACACAUUGGCCAAUUGGAAUACUUGGUUCCUCAAGAAUAUGUACAGACAAUGAGACAGUCCAUGCUGAAUAGAUGCCCGGUUUCUUCUUACGAACAAGUUUGUGAAGUGUUCAUGAAAGAGCUUGGAAGAAUGCCACAUGAAAUUUUUGUUGAGUUUGAUCCUGUUCCACUAGCAAGUGCUUCCCUCGCACAGGUUCAUGCUGCUCGCAUGCAUGAUGGCAAAAAAGUUGCUGUAAAGGUUCAACACACUCACAUGACAGAUACUGCCAUGGCAGAUUCGGCUACAGUGGAGUUGAUAGUGAAUGUGCUACAUAGGUGUUUUCCAUCAUUUGAUUAUAGAUGGUUGGUUGAUGAAAUCCAUGAAAGUAUACCAAAGGAAUUAGAUUUCUUGUGUGAGGCCAAGAAUAGCGAGAAGUGUUUGGAUAACUUCAAGAGGUUAUCUCCUCAUCUCACAGGCUACGUGUAUGCCCCAAAAGUUUAUUGGAAUUUGAGUACCUCAAAGCUGUUGACUAUGGAAUUUAUUGAUGGUGCGGAAAUAACUGAUGUGAGUGCAAUUCGAAGACUUGGAAUUAAACCAAAUGAAGUUGCAAAAUUGGUCAGCCAAGCUUUUGCAGAGAUGACCUUUAAACAUGGAUUUGUGCAUUGUGACCCUCAUGCUGCCAACUUGCUUGUUCGCCCUGUACCUUCUGGAAAACGAAACAUUUUUGGCAAGAAAAAACCACAAUUGGUAUUGCUUGACCAUGGCCUAUACAAGGAUCUUGAUUUUACAACAAGAACCAACUAUGCUGCACUUUGGAAGGCUUUAGUAUUUUCUGACGCUAAUGCAAUAAAGGAAAAUAGUGUGAAACUGGGUGCGGGAGAGGAUCUCUACGCUCUAUUUGCCGGUAUUCUUACCAUGCGGCCAUGGAAUCGGGUCAUUGAUCCAGCUGUUGAUCAUUUGGUUCUAGAAGGCAAUGAUGGUGAUCGUUCAGAACUGCAGAUGUAUGCUUCUCAGUACUUCACUCAGAUCUCAGAGCUGCUAAGGAGACUCCCUCGUGUAAUUCUGUUAAUGCUCAAGACAAAUGACUGCCUGCGAGCUGUCAAUCAUUCUCUGUUGCAGGGGUCUUCUGUUGACACGUUCUUGAUUAUUGGAAAAGUUUCAUCAGAGGCUGUUGCCCAGACAAAGAUGUUGCAAAAGAAAUCUGUUUUGACACGGCUAAGCAUAUGGUUGGAGGAGAUCUUGCUGGAAGCUCGACUUCUAACCAUGCAGAUUGCCUUGUGGCUUCUACAACUCAGGAGAGCUUUGUCUGGGUGAUUACUCCAUUUUUUGUUUCACAGCCCCAUUUCUUUGCCCAUGAUCUUAAUAAGUCCUGAGAUCUGCUUGAGGUCAUGUUACACUUCAUUAGAUCAUUGUUAUAUUAUUAUCAUUUUUUUUUUUCUCUAUGGGCCAUUAAAAUAAUAUUUUAAUUAAUUUUUUGGGGGAACCUGUAUAACAAUGUCAUAUUGUAUUUACCUGACAAAUGGGGGAAAUUGAUAGAGAUUGAUGAGUUUCAGUUGGAAUGUAACUGCAUAUGAAACUGAUUACUAUACAUUAGAAUUAUUAUUUUU